CACCAUGGACACUUCAGAAGAUCCGGGCAAGAGAAUCAAGUUCAUCUGAUGAAAUCAGGAUGAGAAAUUAAAUGGGGGAAUAUGGAAUUGCAUACAAGUUUCAUUGCUCAACAGACAUCGUUUAGUACAUCACUUGGCGAAGUGCAGAAAAAUCCAGGUAAGAAGAGACCUCACCUCUGCUCAGAAUGUGGGAAGAGUUUUACCCAACACCGUCAUCUAACUGCACACCAGCGCAUCCACACAGGAGAGAAGCCAUACUGCUGCUCAGAGUGUGGGAUACGUUUUAAUCGGCAAAGCACUCUACAACGGCACCUACGCAUCCACACCGGGGAAAGGCCGUGUUACUGCUCAGUGUGUGGAAGGAGUUUUAAUCAAGUGUGUACUCUCCAACAACACCAGCGCAUUCACACUGGAGAGAAACCGUUUCACUGCUCGGUGUGUGAAAAGAGUUUUAGUCAACAGAGUCAUCUCCUGACACAUCAGCGCAUUCACACCGGAGAGAGGCCCUAUUACUGCUUAGAGUGUGGCGAGAGUUUUUCUAGUCAGAGUCAUCUUCAACAGCACCAUCGUGUUCACACCGGGGAGAAACCGUAUUACUGUUCGGACUGUGGGAAGAGUUUCAAUCAGCAGACAACUCUUCAUCAACACCAGCGUAUCCACACUGGAGAGAAACCAUAUCCCUGCUUAGAGUGUGGGAAGAGCUUUAAUCGCCACAGUACUCUUCAAGAACAUCAGCGCAUUCACACUGGAGAGAAACCGUAUCACUGCUUGGACUGUGGGAAGAGCUUUAAUAGGCAGGGUUCUCUUCACCAACAUCAGCGCAUUCACACUGGAGAGAAACCGUAUCACUGCUCUGAAUGUGGGCGGAAUUUCCGGCAAAUAAGCACUUUUAACAAACACAAGUGCCCGAAAGUGGAGAUGGAAAUUCCAGUUAUUGAAAUAGACACUGAAGCCAUCUCCACCCACUACAUGAUCACCUGCCCUGAACCUGCCGAUCUGCUACACCUGAGCGGCUCAGAAGUCCCAUCCACUGGCUCUCAGACUGCGAGUAGUACAGAGAGUGUGGUCGAACCUCACACUGCUUGCUUAUCUUCCAACAGCUGGAUUCAAAGACAGAAGAAGCAACAGUCACCAGAUUGACUUUUGCCUUUAACUCAUCGGUGACGUGAACACACUAAUACACACUAGUUAGUACACAAACAGUGGACAAUCUCUGCAUUGCCAGACUCGGACACCUGCCAUUAUAUUAACUAAGGAGUUAUUAUCCAUCAUUGUGCAGGAAAGACUGCUGUGUUUAUUAUUACAAAUCAUGCUAAGAAGAAGUUAUUUUGUUCUGAGAUGUGAGAAAAUCUUCUUUAUUUUUGUCAGGUUCCUUUUUCUGCCAAUUCUUUACGUUUUGUACAGAGCUUAUGCACUUAUUAAAAACAAUAUUUGCACCCAGAAGGAUUUAAUCUAAUGAAAGAAAUUAAAUAAAUUCAUGUGUGUAGGCAAUGUGGUCAGUGUCACACAUCAAAAAGGCCUGGUAUCAUGGUGCAAUUUUGUACAAUACCAAAUCACUUUUCAUAUUCAUUACAAGCACUUUGAUAGACCAAUGUUACAUUAAUGAGGUAUUGCAACAAGUAUUGCAAAAUGUGUGGGUUGCUAUUGGACGCUCUAUUAACACUUCUAAACCCCCUAACGCACAAUCUGCAGUAACUGUGUGACAAUAUUGGAAAUAUGGGAUGGAUUAUUACAGGAGGAACAUAAGGAACCUCUACAGCUCCAUGCUGAGACAUCUAGCAUAUGUUGCAGCAUUACACAUGAGUUACACAUGCUUUACACACUACUUCUAACUGUGUAACUCAAUAAACAUGACCAAGAUUUGUCCGUACCAGUCCUGGUACCCUUUAUCUUUCUUCUGAAUAGUAUUUCAAACCGACAUCCUUCUGGGUGCAACUAUUUUUUUUUAAACUAUUUAUAUAUACGUGUAUAUUAGGCUGCAUUCACCAGGCUGAAGUGACUCAAAUCAAUUUUUUUUGCCUUAAUGUGACACAGAUCAGAUUUUUUUGGGCAGUAUGGCCAGUCACUUAUACGUGGUCCUUAAUUGGAUGCAUGUCUGAUUUGUGGGCAUGCAACAUAUAUAUGAAUGGUCAGAUUUUAUUUCCAUUUCCUAAUUUAUAUUGUUUUUUGCUGAGGCAAUGUGCAUAUUAAUACUGUGUAUCAAAAUAUUAAUCAUUUAUAUUUAAUGUGAAAUAUGUUGAGUUUUUCUGUUGUAAGGGGAAUUAAUACUAAAGUAUGCAAAAUAAAACCGAAAAAUGUGUUGCA